GAAACAUCCCGCAUAUUAAAUGAUGCUGGUAUUAGACUACUAGCUGAAAAGAUGAAUUUAAAAAUCUGUAUGAUCCUAGGUCUACUCCUGCUAUUGCAGCUUUCCUUAUGUCGAGAAAAUAGCAGUGAAAGCCAUGAGGAUAAUGAGAAGCAUGAAGAAAAACACAAGGGAAGACAUGACUCUGCAGGGAAAAAAGAUGGCAGUGAAAGCCAUGAGGAUAAUGAGAAGCAUGAAGGAAAACACAAGGGAAGACAUGACUCUGUAGGGAAAAAAGAUGGCAGUGAAAGCCAUGAGGAUAAUAAGAAGCAUAAAGGGAAACACAAGGGAAGACAUGACUCUGCAGGGAAAAAAGCAACAACCCCUGAAACAAGUUCUGGCAUGUCUGGGCACUGUAGCACAUGGGGCAGUGGAAACUAUCGAAUGAUGGAUGGUAAAACACAUUAUGUUAAAACUAGUAAUCAAGUAUCUUUACUCUAUCACAGCCAUGAGGAAAACCCAGAAUUUAUUAUUAACUGUCAACGUGACUCUGGAUCACUUGUAAACAUUCAAGCAAAGAUAGACAACACUGAAACUGUAAUCAAUACCAGUGGCAUCUAUGUUAACAACCGCAAGGUUGAUGUACCUUAUACAAAUGGGAAUAUUCAUAUGCGCAAUUCUGGCAUGUAUACACAAAUCAGUAGCCUUCGAGGUGUAUUAACUAUGACUUUUAAUUUGAAACAUGGGAUUAAUAUACAUUUACAUAAAAAUUAUGAAACAAGUGGGAUUUUUGGAAAUUCAGAAAAUGUUUCAGCUGAAAAUUGGCAAGCAUUUGCCAGGAAAUGCAUUGUUCACGAAGGUGAGGGAGAAGUUGAAGUUUGGUUUCUACCAGAAAACUUGAGUGGCAAAGGAAAAGAAUACUGUGACAACAUUUUUCAAACUUACUUUCAUAAUAUGACUGACUUGAAAUCAGCAUGUGACCAUGACUAUGAAUUAUGUGACCAAGAAGAUGCGCGAUCCUGUACAUGUUCAACAUUAAUUCAAGCAGCUAAAAUUAUUGGCAACAAUGGUUGUUCGGAAGAAACACGUUUCUGGAGAGAAGAUACCGAUGUUGUAUGUGACAAGCCAAUUUGCUCAGAAACCCAAACCUUCAGCGAAUGUGCCCCACAGCUUCAGCCGACAUGCUCAAAUCCAAAUCCUGUUCAUGAGAAAGAAGUUAUUGCUGAUUGCACCUGUCCAAAUGGUCUUAUGCUGGAUGACAUUGGAGAAAGCAAAAAAUGUGUAAACAUCGAUGAAUGUCCCUGUUUUUAUGACAAAAUCUAUCAGCCCAAUGAAAAACGAAAUGGCUCUUGUAACUCAGAAUGCUUUUGUACAGGUGGAAAAUGGAUUUGUUCAGACGAAAAUUGCCCUGGAACCUGCAAGGUGACACAUGGCUUGGAUGUCGUAACAUUUGAUGGCAUGGAAUACAGUUUGUCAGGCAACUGUCAAUAUACCAUAUUUCAAAUUGCUGGCUUAAUCAUUUUGGGACAAAUAGAAACUCCAAAUGCUCAGUCAACAAGCUCCUUGAGCAGUAUAACUAUAAAUAUGAAAGUGGAAGAUGACGAACAUACAUUUGUGAUUUCAAAGGAUGGAAGUUUUAGAGAUAUGGACGUAGCGUACCACAUGUCUGAGUAUUUAUAUGUUAAAAGACAUUCUCAUGGUAUUUAUGCCAACAUAGUAGAUGGAGUGGAACUCUUUGUACAAUCCCUUCCUACAAUGCAAGUCUACAUCUCAAUGCCAUUUGAAAAUACAGACAGGAAUUCUCUAGGACUGAAGAAAGCAAAAUCUAGAGUGGCUAGAUCAGCAGUGCAGGGCGACCAAUCAGAUUCUAACCAUAAUUUCCUCCCAGCAGGACUUUGUGGUUCUUUCAAUAAAAAUUCAAAAGAUGACUUUAGAAGCAGCAACGGCAUAAUAGAAUCCUCUUCAACAACAUUUGUUGAUUCUUGGUCACAAAAUAUAUGUCCUCCUGCAGAACAAACAACUUGCAUUAAUUUGGAAAAAGAAACUUUUGCCGAAGAGCAUUGCUCUGAACUUAAAAAUUCUUCUGGAGUAUUUUCCAAAUGCCAUUCUUAUGUGGAUUAUGAAACAUAUUAUAAGAGAUGUGUAAGCUCAACUUGCAAAAGUGAGGAUGUCUGGGUUGGCUUAUGCAGUGCAUUGGAAAAUUAUGUGCAAGCCUGUGCUGAAAAGGGUGUUCUGUUGCAUAACUGGCGCAAUCAAAAUUGUAAAAAAGAAUGCAUGAACAAUCAGGUCCUGGGUUUUACCACUUUCUCCUGUUUCCCAUCUUGUGCUUCAACAUCUAAAAUGUGUAAUAAGGAAGGCCUUUUGAUGGAAAUGUGCACAUGUGAAGAAGGCCUAUAUUUAAAUAGUGAAAAUAUUUGUGUCCCUAAAGAAGACUGUGAUUGCCAACACCGUUAUGGCGUAAUACCAGCACACACAGAGAUUGAAAUAGAGAAUACACCAUGCAAAUGCAAGGCAGGAGAAAUGGAAUGCAAUUUAGAAAGUAGGGAAGAUAUGUGUUCAGGGGGGGCAGAAUAUACACAAUGUACAUAUCCCAGCACACGAGGAAAAGCUGACCGAUACUGCAAGACUAUGCACUUACCAACCAUGCAUCAAGAUAUCAUCUGCAAGCCUGGAUGUUAUUGUCCAGAUGGUAUGGUUAGAGAUUCAAGAGGAAACUGUAUCACCCCUGAAGAUUGCUCAUGUCUUUAUGAGGGAGCUGAGUAUAACAGUAGGAGUACUAUCAAAAACUCUUGCGGAACAUGUACCUGCACCAGAGGAAAAUGGGACUGUACAGAAGAGAAUUGUGAGAGUGUUUGCAGCAUUCAUGGAAGUGGCCAUUAUUCAACUUUUGAUGGAAUGUCGUAUAGUUUUAGUGGACUGUGCCAGUAUACAAUUGUAGAAGGAGAAAUAGAAGACACAUUCAGAAUAUCAAUGCAAAGUGAACCUUGCUGUGAAGGUGGCCUAACUUGUUCUAGAAGAGUUAUUUUGCAAACACCUGAGGCGAUAAUCACCCUUCAAGAUGGGAAAGCCAGCAUUGAAAGUUCCCAAGAUUGCUCACUGAAAAAAAUCAAACCUAAUCAUUCUGUUAUAGAUUUUGGUCCGCACAUAAUUGUUGAGAUUGGUGCAGGAAUUCGUCUAACAUGGGAUAAAAAAACAGACUUAACAUUGAAGUGUAGCUCAAGGUUGGCUGGUAAAGUUCGUGGACUCUGUGGUAACAACAACUAUGAUAAGACGGAUGAUUUUAUUGGUAGAAAUGGCAACAAGUUUAACAACGCAGUGGAUCUAGGAGACAGUUAUAAGGAUGAUCCAUCAUGUCAAGACACAGAGGUCAAGAAAUCUCCAUGUGAUGCAAAUCCUAAUUGUAAGCCUUGGGCAUUAAGAAAAUGUCAAAUAAUGAAGGAAGAGUUAUUUAAAGAAUGCCACUCAAAAGUUGAUCCGACAGUUUUUUAUGAAAAGUGUAUUGAAGAAGCAUGUGUGUGUGAUAUGGAGGGGAAAUAUCUUGGCUUUUGUUCAUCUGUUGCAAUGUAUGCACGUUCCUGCCUUGAAAAGGGCGUAUGCGUUAACUGGCGGAACCCUGAUCUUUGUCCUAUGUACUGUGAUUUUUAUAAUAUAUAUGGAGAAAAUACUUGGCAUUAUGAGCCUUGUGGAUCAGCAGAGGUGCAAAUAUGCGGGAAUCAAGAACUUUUUAGAAGCUACUCAGCUUUGCUAGAAGGUUGUUAUCCAAGAUGUCCUAUUGAUGCUCCCUUCCUAGAUCAAAACUCCAUGAAAUGUGUUAGACUUUCUGACUGUAGCUGUUCUCACAAUGGAAGAAUAAUGGCAGCAAAUUCAGUAAAUGUGGAUGAAUGUGGAAGGACAUGCUAUUGUAGUAAAGGACAUGUUAUUUUCCAAGAAGAAGAAAAGGAAACAACAAAAGCCCCAUCUGUAGAAGGAGAAAUGGAAACAACAAAAGCCCCAUCUGUAGAAGGAGUAAAGGAAACAACAAAAGCCCCAUCUGUAGAAGGAGAAAUGGAAACAACAAAAGCCCCAUCUGUAGAAGGAGUAAAGGAAACAACAAAAGCCCCAUCUGUAGAAGGAGAAAUGGAAACAACAAAAGCCCCAUCUGUAGAAGGAGAAAUGGAAACAACAAAAGCCCCAUCUGUAGAAGGAGAAAUGGAAACAACAAAAGCCCCAUCUGUAGAAGGAGUAAAGGAAACAACAAAAGCCCCAUCUGUAGAAGGAGAAAUGGAAACAACAAAAGCCCCAUCUGUAGAAGGAGAAAUGGAAACAACAAAAGCCCCAUCUGUAGAAGGAGAAAUGGAAACAACAAAAGCCCCAUCUGUAGAAGGAGAAAUGGAAACAACAAAAGCCCCAUCUGUAGAAGGAGUAAAGGAAACAACAAAAGCCCCAUCUGUAGAAGGAGAAAAGGAAACGACAAAAGCCCCAUUUGUAGAAGGGGAAGUAGACAUAGUGCCAAUAAAAGAGGACAAACCACCAAGAGAUAAACAAGGACAACAGGAAACAACAAAAGCCCCAUCUGUAGAAGGACAACAGGAAACAACAAAAGCCCCAUCUGUAGAAGGACAACAGGAAACAACAAAAGCCCCAUCUGUAGAAGGACAACAGGAAACAACAAAAGCCCCAUCUGUAGAAGGACAACAGGAAACAACAAAAGCCCCAUCUGUAGAAGGAGAACAGGAAACAACACAAGCCCCAUCUGUAGAAGGAGUAAAGGAAACAACAAAAGCCCCAUCUGUAGAAGGAGUAAAGGAAACAACAAAAGCCCCAUCGGUAGAAGCAGAAAAGCAAACAACAAAAGCCCCAUCUGCAGAAGGAACACAACCAUCACCAUCAUCUCAAGCAGGACCCUCACUUGGCCCACCUGUACACACACGCAGCACACCAGCAUUUACCUUUGGAACUCCGUUGCCUGGCCCAGUGCUACCAGCGCGACCAACAAUUGAUUUAAGUCGCUAUAAAAUACCGACUCCAUCAGCCAUAAAACCACCAAAAAAAGGCUGCUGUGGACCUUCAGGAGGUCAUCUCAUGCAUGGAGAAUACUGGCAAAAAGGUUGCAUUAGGUGCACUUGUAAUGGAAAAACUGGAAAGAUGGAAUGUGGAUCCUAUCCAUGUCAUGAAGUAGUCUGUGGUGCAAAUGAAACCAAAGUAUUUGAAGAUCCAUCAAAACAUCCUGGAAAGUCAUGCUGUGGAUACUGUGCACCACUGACUUGCAAACACAAUGGAAGAGAAUAUAAGAUAAACGCAUCCUUUAGCGACCCGAAUGACCCAUGUCUGGUUUACACUUGCCUUAAAACUGGCUUGACUGCAAGAGUAAAAAAAUGUCCUCCACAAGCGUGCACACCGGACAGGAGAACUUAUGAUUCAGAUAAAUGCUGCUAUACAUGUGACACUACAUGUAAACCAACACCAGCAAUAAUAACCAUAGAAAAACCUUUUACAAAUGUUGCAAGAACCAAAAUGUACAAAACAUGUAGAGCUAAAGCAAGCAUUUCAUCGUGCACUGGACAAUGCGAUAGAAGCACUCGCUAUGACGACCAAAGUAGAAACGUUACGGUUAAUUGCAAAUGCUGCCAAGAAGAAGGUCAUAAAAAGAGGAGCGUUCAGUUGGAUUGUUCAGAUGGAAGCAAAGAAGAACAUACUUUCAACGAUAUAGCAUCUUGUGCUUGUAAAAGCUGUGGUGGUUUGAAAUAACAAAUCUACUAAACAGUUUAACUGUGUCUUUAAAUACAUGUUUAAAUAAUAAAAAAAAGAUCUAUGUAACUGGUAAUGCUAACCUUUUGUGACCAUAUAUCUACAAAGCAUGCUUAUCAUUAAAUUCCAGCAGUUUGCAUGGUUGUAUUUAGAAAAAAGUAUAGUAAGAAUAUUUUAUUGCUCAUAUAUAUGAUGUUUUAACAGUACAUUAUUUGCUUAAUUUACAAUAUAUGUUGUAUUAUGAAAAAAUUCUCAAUAAAGAAAGUUGAAAAAA